CACACACUAGACACCAAAUAUGCUGUUAACUUGCCAUCUUUACUAGACCCUCCAGAAACCUAGACUCAGAUCUGAAGUGCUAGCGUGGCACCAGGGCUGCAAGUGUGCCCAAGGGACAGCUGCACUCCAGCAUCUGCCACGAGGAGCUGUGCCAGCAGGUGGAGGGAGGCCGUCCUUCCACUCUGCUGCACAGCAGCACCGGGUCCUCACUCUGUGCUGCCUGCUUGGGCUGCCACCCUCUUGCUUGACGGCCCGCGCCCACACCCUCUGUGAGGCAGUGGCCGUGAUGUCACAGUGGGUGUCAUAGAGCAGCCAUUGUGACGUGUGAAGCUUGGAGCAGAGCAAAGGCUGCCGGGCUCAGGCCAAGCAUCAGUGCGGUCUGGUGAGGCGCAGAGAGAGCAGGGACUCUCGCAGUGCUCGCUAUCAACGCACAAUGACGUCCAAUGGGAAUAGGAAGGCCUCCUGCGCGGAGGAGCCAGUGUGUGUGCUGUGUGGCCAGGCAGAUGUCGACCCGGAUAUCUGCGGGCACAUGCUUUUUGAGACUGGGAUUCGUGUCCACGAGUUCUGCUUGAUGUUUGCCAACAUUCCAUCCGAAGCAAGACAGGAAUGGCCAAGAACUCAGGGCCUCCCCGUUGCUGCCAUCACACGCAAGGUCAAGCAGGCAAACACGCAGCAAUGCUGUGUUUGCGGCGAGAAGGGGGCUGCCAUCACAUGCGCAGAGAGCGGCUGUGCACGCAGCUUUCAUCUGCCCUGUGCCGUGGUUGGGGAAUGCAUCAGCCAGUACUUCGGAGAGCACAGGUCCUUCUGUUCGGAGCACCGCCCUCGACAGGUGACUCAGGAAGUUCCAGCAGAAGGCAACGACUGCCUCAUCUGCCUUGAGCCUGUGGGGGACAGCUUGUCCUACCACACCAUGGUGUGUCCAGCGUGCCAACACGUCUGGUUCCACCGGGCCUGCAUCCAGCAACAGGCAUUGAGUGCUGGCACGGCGUACUUUGAGUGCCCCGGCUGUCGAGACUGUGGUCGAUUCUAUGACGAGAUGUCCACCGCGGGGAUCCGAAUCCCACUCAAAGAACCAGAAUGGGACAGCGAUGAGGCAUACGAACCGCUCCUAGAGAGGCACAGCCGCUGCGAUGCCAGCGAAUGCCUUUACCAGGGAGGCAGAGAGCAGGCAGAGACAAGGGGGCCCUGGGAGCUGAUCCUGUGCAGCUCCUGCGCUGCUGAGGGCACCCAUCGACAGUGCUCCCACCUGUAUAACACAAGAGACGCGUGGGAGUGGGAGUGUGACAGCUGUGCUGGCCUGGGUACCGCCUCCAGCACCAACACUGAGCUCGCUGGUCCCAGCACUGCCAGCCAGAGGGUUCUGGGAUCAUCCAGCAGCUCCAUGAAGCUGGAGACCUUCAGCUCCAUGCCCGCCAGCCAGGCAGCAUUGGAGACAUUGCAGAGUUCCCAGCUGCCUGAGCACAGCGACCUGCCCAGUGUGCCUGAGACUGAGCAGGGGACAAAUGGCCCACGUUUAAGUGAGGAUCGGGCUACCUCUGAGCAGCUGCAAGGACGCUGUGGGAGCAGACAAACAGCAGCCCCCAGUGCCGAGAGCGACUCCCACACAUCCACCAGACGGAGGGCACCAGGGUCCUCCAGGGCAUCUCCAGCAGCUGCUCGCAGAAGACGGCGCAGGCAGCAAGGAGGAAGCCGCACACGAAGCCGCUCCCCACUGCAAGCUCGGGCCCCGAGUUCCCAGAGCCGGCCAAGAGGACGCCGUGGCAGCCAGCAAAUGCCAGCCCCAGGGGAGCAGAACAGCACCCGCAGAUCAAGAUCUGCCACUUCGAGGUCCCCGAGGGCUUCCAGAGUGCCCGGACGCAGGAGACCAUCCAGGCAGCGAGGAGGAAUUCGCACACGAAGCCGCUCCCCACUGCAAGCUCGGGCCCCGAGUUCCCAGAGCCGGCCAAGAGGACGCCGUGGCAGCCGGCAAAUGCCAGCCCCAGGAGAGCAGAGCAGCACCCGCAGAUCAAGAUCUGCCACUUCAAGGUCCCCGAGGGCUUCCAGAGCGCCCGGACGCAGGAGACCGUCCAGGCAGCGAGGGCGCACCCGCACCCAAAGCCCUCCUUCUGAGAGACGUUGGGCUCACAAUUCCCGCAGGUCACCCCAAAGAGGCCGGGCCAGACAGGGGAGGCCAUUCCGGGAAUGAAGCUGCUCCCAGAAACAACUUCAGAGCCAAAGUCCCCGCAGACAGCCCACGAGUCUCCAUAGGAGCAGCUGUGUACUACUCAUAGAAUGGCCUGGGUUGAAAUGGACCACAAUGAUCAUCUAGUUUCAACCCCCCUGCUAUGUGCAGGGU